GAUUGAGUUUAUUACAUUUUUAGGUUAAGUAACGUAGUAGUGUUAUUUCCUGUAAAUCUUUAGAGGUGUUACAACAAUGUUGUCCAUUUAUAUACUACCUAAUAAAGUGAACGAAUAGCAUGUUAUUUUUAAAAUACUUUAUGAUUUUAGGACCAAUUCUGGUUAACAUUUGUUGGUUUUAAGCCAGUUUUUAAUAUCUUAGAUUUCAUUUGUUUACUUUCUUAGCUAUAAAAAUUAAAACCAUUGCACACUAAAAUAAGUUAUGCCAAAUUCCGAAUUAAAAAUAACGCCCUUAGGGGCAGGCCAGGAUGUAGGAAGAAGCUGUAUACUGCUGCAAAUCAAUGAUAAAAAUAUAAUGCUGGACUGUGGUAUGCAUAUGGGUUACAAUGAUGAAAGGAGAUUUCCAGAUUUUAGUUAUAUUUCAAUGGAAGGUCCGAUCACCAGUUUCAUUGACUGUGUCAUAAUAUCUCAUUUUCAUUUAGAUCACUGUGGUGCUUUACCAUACAUGACAGAAAUGGUAGGCUAUACAGGUCCUAUAUAUAUGACUCAUCCAACCAAAGCAAUAGCCCCCAUUUUACUGGAAGAUAUGAGGAAAGUUGCUGUUGAAAAAAAGGGAGAAAGCAACUUUUUCACUUCUCAAAUGAUUAAAGAAUGUAUGAAAAAAGUCAUUGCAGUUACAUUGCAUCAGUCUGUUAUGGUGGACCCUGAUCUUGAAAUUAAAGCAUAUUAUGCGGGACAUGUACUUGGAGCAGCAAUGUUCUGGAUUAAGUCUGGUACUCAAUCAGUUGUAUAUACAGGUGAUUAUAACAUGACACCUGAUAGGCACUUAGGUGCAGCGUGGAUUGAUAAGUGUAGACCGGAUUUGCUUAUUACUGAGUCAACUUAUGCUACAACAAUAAGAGAUUCCAAACGAUGUCGAGAGCGAGACUUUUUGAAAAAAGUGCAUGAGUGUGUAGACCGAGGUGGAAAAGUUUUGAUUCCUGUGUUUGCUUUAGGUAGGGCCCAAGAACUUUGUAUUUUAUUGGAAACUUAUUGGGAAAGGAUGAAUUUAAAAAUCCCAAUUUUCUUUGCUGCAGGACUAACAGAAAAAGCUAAUAACUACUAUAAAAUGUUCAUUACAUGGACUAAUCAAAAGAUAAGAAAAACAUUUGUACAGAGAAACAUGUUUGACUUCAAACAUAUUAAGCCAUUUGACAAACAAUAUAUGGAUAAUCCUGGAGCUAUGGUUGUUUUUGCUUCUCCUGGUAUGCUUCAUGCUGGUCUUUCACUUGCAAUUUUUAAGAAAUGGGCACCCAACGAAAAUAACAUGGUCAUAAUGCCUGGUUUCUGUGUUGUGGGAACAGUGGGCCAUAAAGUUUUAAGUGGAGCAAAGAAAAUUGAAUUUGAAAACAGGCAAAUUGUGGAAGUUAAAAUGGCAGUAGAAUACAUGUCAUUUUCAGCUCAUGCUGAUGCAAAAGGUAUAAUGCAACUCAUCCAGUACUGUGAGCCAGCAAAUGUGAUGCUAGUACAUGGAGAGGCGGUAAAAAUGCAGUUUCUAAAAGACAAAAUCAAACAAGAAUUCAAUUUAGAAUGUUUUAUGCCAGCUAAUGGUGAAACAUGUGUAAUUGAUACACCAUACAGACUGACAACAGAUGUUACUUUGCCAUUGCUUAAAGAUGAGGCGUUGAAAUAUAACUCUCAACCACCAAAUUCAAAGAAACCAAGAUUACUACACGGAGUUUUGAUGACAAAAGAUCAACAGUUUUGUGUGAUGGAUGUUGAUGAAGCAUGUAAAGAAGCAGGCAUAAAUAGGCAUGUAAUAAGGUUCACUUCCACUGUGCAGCUUGAAGACCCUGGCCCAACAUCAAGAACAACUGAGAAGCUUUUGAAAUUAUUUACAGAAAAAUUGAAGGGUUGGGAAAUCCAGUGUACCGAAGAUUCAAUAACAAUCGAGUCAGUUUUUGUGACAAUAGAGGGUAAAGAUGACAAACACAAGAUCGUUUAUGUUUCAUGGACAAACCAGGAAGAAGAUCUAGGUUCUUUCAUCGUUGAUGUUCUGCGCAACAUGGGUUAGUUUUUAGGUUUGUUAAAACAUGGCAAUUCAAGUGAAAUGUAUAAAUACGCUCUACAUGUACAUUUGGUAUAUGAGCGUAAGCAUUUUAAAGGAUUAUGAGAUUUUCAUAAAAAUGUUAAAUUGUAUAUAUAGUAAGCAUAAUUUGUGUAUCAGUUACAAUAAUUUCAAGACAUAUUAUUUAGUUACUCCAACUGUUUCUUUUUUUAUUUUUGACCUAUGUAAAUAAAAAUGUAAAUUUAUCUAAUUCA